GUUUCAGAGGCGCCAAUUUCAGGCAUGUACACACAGUUGAGUAACGAUACUUUAUUUUAUACUGUGCUGAAACUGUGCUGUCACUAAUGUACAUUAACGUGACGACACUUGUAGUAAUUCAAGCGUAGGUUAAAGCGAACCCGCAGCGUAAAGGAGGAUUAUCAUGGUGUGUCAUCUUUAAAACUUAUUAAAUACUGCUGCGACAAAGCAAAGCUCAUGAUGAGUUCACUGACUCUGAAUGGAGUGACAGUGAGUUUUCCUUUUUCUCCAUAUGACUGUCAGAAAGACUACAUGAGCAAAGUGAUUGAAUGUCUUCAAAAGGUGAGUAUUUUUUUGGUUUAGCAGUCAAGUUAAGCGUUGCUGAGGAAACAAGCUAGAAUACCGCUUAGCAUGGAGCAGUUUGUUAGCUGUACAAAAGAUAUCUUUAUCUCUAAAUCAUGUGUCUGUGUCUACCUGUAUGCGUUUCAGAAGGUAAAUGGGGUCCUUGAGAGCCCCACAGGUACAGGUAAAACCCUGUGUCUGCUCUGUGCCACCCUGGCCUGGAGAGAGAACUUUAAGGACACCAUCUCUGCCCGUAAGAUAGCUGAGAGGCUGAAGGGGGAGCAGAUGUUCCCAGACAUAUCCCUGGCAUCCUGGUCGACAGCUGCUACAGAUGGAGACACUCCAAGUAUGCCUAAUGUCCACAGUCCUCUCACUGGGAAAGCUUUUUGUGCUUAGAAAUCACCCGAAAACCUCACCAUAGUAAAAUGUUUUUUUGAUUACACAUGCUACAAACAGGGCCACAGAAUGCUUGUUGUAAAGUUAUUUUGUUCUUAUUUUUCCCUCCUGUUGUUUUCCAGUGUACUACACAGAUGUUCCAAAGAUUAUUUAUGCAUCCAGGACUCACUCUCAGCUGGCUCAGGUGAUCAGUGAGUUAAAGAACACCUCAUACAGGUAAAAACUGUCAUUUCUAAGCAGUAAAAGAGAAAUUUUCAGUCUAGGGUGGAGAUUGAAUAUGUGUCAGGCUAUUUAUGAGGUGCUGGUAAAACUGUAAAAGUAACUGAUGUUUCUCCCCUUACCGGUUUAGGCCAAAGGUGUGUGUACUGGGAUCCAGAGAGCAGCUGUGUAUCAACCCAGAAGUGAUGAAACAGGAGAGCAACCAUGUCAAGGUGAUAUGCAAAGCUGAUUUAUUUUGUAUGUUUGAGAUUUGAGGUUUUGCAUUUGUGUGUGUGCCUGUGUUUCUAUGACUGCAUGUUCAUAAAAAAAACAAAAGUGUGUGAAUUUAUUUGUUUUAUUGAUUUUGAACUUAAAACUUUAUGAGUUUUUCUUCAUAUCCUGCCCUCAUAUGGGUCUUCAUUCAUAAAUUCAUAUAAGGUUGCCCUCUGUGACUUUGCUCUGAUUUCUGUCACUGUCAUGCUCCAUAUUUCUGCUGUUCUCCACAGUGGAGUCAAAACUGGAACUGUCCUUACAAAUUAAAAAAGCAGCAUUCAUCUGAAGUUUAGUGUGAAUUUUCACAGAUCUGAUGAACAGUAUGAAUCUUUUUUUGUUCUCGUGUUUACAGGUCCAUAUGUGCAGAGCAAAGGUUUCCACUCGGUCUUGUCAUUUCUAUAAUAAUGUUGAAGGUAAGAGAUGGAUAUUAGUAAGAUAUAAAAAACACAAUAUUCGUAUAGUUAGUAAUUAUGAUGAGCUAUCUAUUGGCUAAUUUCCGAUCCACUUUAUUUAACGGAGAAAAUCAUGCCACCUAACUUUGGUAAUCUUGGUGAAGCAGCAAAACAUGGACUUAGUCACCAACUUGGACAUUCAGUUAUUUAAUGGAGGACAGACUGCAUACAGAGCUGUCCUGAGCUGACGGAAAAGAGGACUUGUGGAAGUAUUUUGGGUUCUGUAAAAAAAAGAUAGGAUCUUAUGUUAGAGCUGUCUUACUCUUCAACAUCAACGAAUCUGCGGGUUCAUCUGUGAGGCAGGAAAGGAGGCGUGGGGCUGCUAAGCAUGCGCUGUCAGCUGGUUUUACUGUGUCAUUUGACAUUUUCUUUACAACAGGGCAUUUUUGUUUCAGAUGUUAUCAGGGCGGCAUUUUUUCAAACAAAUGUCAUGCUAUUUAACUGUUUAUAAAACAGUUAGCUAGAGUGAAAUAGAUAUUUAGUGUCAGUGUGGUGGGGACAGAGGUCGAGUAUAUUUGAACAUCAGUCUGCCAUGUUGGAACUUUUUGAUUUUUUGGAAAAGUGACAGCUUUUAUACCAACAUAAUUUUACUGGAGCAAUGACAAAACCAGAGGAUCUGUUUGUCCUGCAGUAAAUAGUUUAGAGCAUUAAUAAAUCUAAAAGUGCCCUAACAACUUUUUAAAAUUUGAAUUUCUUUCAGAGAAAUGCACUGACAAAGAAGUGACCCAGUCAAUCCUCGAUGUGGAAGAUUUGGUUAAAUAUGGAAACAAACAGAGGUGAGAUCUCUGUUUUCAUUUUGUAAUUUCUCUCUUUUUAACUAACUCAAUGUCAAGCUGCAAAUCUCCACAUUUUGAAAGCAGAAACUGGAGAAUAUUUGCCUUUUUUCCAUAAAAUUUUGGUUGAUAUUUUCAUGUUCAUCAUGGAUUUAGCUGUAGUUGUCUGUGAAAGUAACUUUGUUCUUAAACAGAAGAUACCUCUCAGGUACAGGAUGGUGUUACAUGUCCGUAUAUUUUAAAUUUCAACACUUUCCUGCAGGGUUUGUCCUUACUACCUCUCCCGCUCUUUGAAACAGCAAGCAGAUUUGAUUUUCAUGCCGUACAACUACCUGCUGGAUCCAAAGGUGAGCUGACACACAGAUGUUAGACUGAAGUGGAUGAGGAGGCGGAUCUCAUGUUUUAGUUUACAGAGUACAACUUCUGUGCAAAGUUAGAAACUGAAAUACGCUCAUUUUAUCAGAUUUUUAAAGUGGUUUUUCUGGAAUAAUGACUCAUUUGUGGGGGAUUAAUUCCAGGACAGAUGUCUUGAAUAUAUCAUAACACUGGACUAGCUUCACAAAAAAGAUGUCUGAUCAAACUUGACUUUGUCAACAACUAUUAAAGGACACUCAAAAGGGUGAUUUACAUAUCUGGAUACAUGAUGGUAUCCUUUGCUCCACAGAGUCGCAGGGCGCACAACAUUGAGCUUAAAGGAGCAGUGGUCAUCUUUGAUGAAGCUCACAACGUGGUAAGAAUCGGUCCUGUAUAUGUUUUAUCUCUGUUAAUGUCAUUAUUAUUCAUGUAUUAUUUAUCAUUGUAUAAGAAUGUUAGAAACUGUAGUUUUGAGUUGAUGUGUGACAGUGUGGUACAUUGAAUCUCUUGGCUGAUCUUUUCUUUUAGGUAACAAAAUUAUUUUCUGUAACAAUGCAGCAAAAAAAGAACCAUAAACUAUCUUUCAGCAGUUAGAAAUAUCACACUGUGAAUGUUUGCAGUGGAAAAUGUAAAACAAAUCUGAUUCUGCGGUGUGAGAAUGUUAAAUCUGACAUUUUUAUCGGAAAUAGUCUUUGCAAACUCAGCAGUGAUGGUAUGGGGAUCAUCAGAGUCCAUGUCAUUAGUAGCUUCCACAUCUGUGAAGGCUCCAUUAAUGCUGUAUCUACAAAUUUAAGAGCAACAUCUGCUUCCAUCCAGACAAUGACGUUUUUAGGGAAGACCUUCAUAUUUUAGCAAGACAAUGACAAACCACAUUCUGCAAGACUACAAAGAUUCCACGAAGGGGAGUUAAUGUUUCUGUUUACUGCAGGAGAGGACGUGUGAGGAAUCUACUUCCUUUGACUUAACUCCCCAUGAUGUGGCUUCAGCCAUCGCUGCAGUGGACCGGCUGCUGUCUGAGCAGGCUAAAUUAGUCUGCAAUGGAGAUUCAGUCACUGAAGACUUCAACGUAGACUCACUCAGCUCUGGUCUGAACAAUCUGUGUCAUUUUUUUUUUACAAGAAUGGAACAAAGUGAAUGUCCUGAAGUGUGUGCAUGUGUUUAACCAGCUGUUUUCUCAUCAAUUUUCAGGGUUGAAAUUAGAUAUAACAAAUGUUGCUAAAAUCAAGCGUAAGUAUUGAUGUGUAAAGAUGAUUAUUUCUCUGAUUGAAGUGCUGAGCAUGAGGUAAAAUUAGAUUGUUUCUUUGUGCUUUGACAGAAAUUCUCCUUGAUCUGGAAGCUGUUAUUGAUUCCUAUGAAGUUCCCGGUGACAGAGGCAUCACAAAACCAGGGAUGUAUGUAAUAGUUUUUACUGUAUUUAUAUCAAUAUUGCAACAUAACUGAUUCAAGCACAGAGGUUUUGGUGAGCUGUACUUGCGUAGUUGAGGAAAAUAGUUGACUUAGAGAAAGAUGUAGAAGACUCAAUUAACAAAGACUUAAAAUGACUGCUUAGAUGGCAGACAACACUUUUGACUAAUUACCAGAUUUAACUCAGUGAUGGCUGAUAAAAGAGAUAAUUAAUGCACCAAGACUCUCUCUCUGUUCAAUCGUAUGGUCCUGUUGAGUCUUGGCUUCAUGGUUAAAGGGAGGGUAUCAUGCUUGUCCACAUUUACAACAAAAAAUUCUGACGUAAGAAUUAUAGACUCUCCUCACUGGUUCAGUUGUGCUUCCGGCAAAGCUGAACAGCCUGCCUCCAACAGCAUGUGAGGUGAGCGGGAUCACCGUAGACCAGGGGUUUUCAAAGUCUGAAACUGUGGGCCUUCCCUCUACAGAGCAUAUAAGCCAUAUAAACCAAGCUAUUAUACAGUACAGCAUGAUAAGCCUGGAGAGUCUCACUUCCACUAUUAAUAUAGAAUAACAGAGACUUUGCUGUCUUUGGUGGUAUAAACUUGGCAAGUCUCAGUUUCACUGUAAAUAGUUACUUGAGGCUGCAGCAGUAUAAAUCCAGUGAGUCUCAUUUUUAUUGUAAAGAGCAGAUACAGAGGUGUUUCUCUGGUUUUCUCAGUUUCAGUGUUUGUCUGCAGGUUACAGGCUUCGGUGGCUCUUAGUACAACAGUUUAAAUCUGAAAAGGAAACAGAUUUUAUUGGGAUUUACCUUUCAUUAUAGCUUAAUUUUGCUGAAAAACUACAAAGAUGCAGAUCAGUUAAAGCCGAGCUUUGUUUGGUCUGUCCUCCAGAGAAAUGUUUGUUGGUUGAGUAAAAAUGAGGUCCAUAAUUUUUGAUGCAUUCAAGAGCGUCAGGAAGUCUGGAUGCUUAUUGUCUUUUUGCAAAAAUAGACAUUGUUGAGCAGAUUUGUUGCUGGCAUGGACAUGUUUGAUCUUGAGCAGUGCUUGAAUGCAGAAAUCUGUUUAGAGAGAUGAAUAAAUGCGCUCAAAUUGUUCUUGAAAUAAUGUGCAAAUAAUCUUCAACAAGAAUCACUGCAUUAAAGGCCAAAUUGUAGCAAACAUGUAGCCUUCUUUGUCCCUGGAGUAGCUGGAGAUGGGGAAAAAAGGAUUUUGUUUGUCUAUUUGACUAAAGUCUUUGUUUUCCACGCUCUCUCUCUUUCUCUCUGUGUCUGAUCAGAUUCAUCUACGAGCUGUUCGAAAAAGCCAAACUGACCUACGACACAAAGACGCCUGUCUAUGAAGCUUUGGAGCAGAUCUCUGGAUAUUUAGCUGGACGUCAGUAUAGUUUAAUUAGAUUUUCGUUGAGUUGAUUCAAUAUUUGACUCGAUUUAUGAUCAACUGUCACAUCAGUGUGUCUGCAGAGUUGACUGUUUUAUUAUUAUUGACUUUUUUACUUUUACAUCUUUGUGUUACUCAGAUAUAUUGCUCACAUGUUUGUCCUUUUUUUGUCCCUGUGUACAUUUCUACUUGAUGGAUGAUGAUCUAUGUAGUUAGCUGUGCUUACACUCUUCUGCUUCUUCUUGUGACAAAAAAUUUAAUCUUGAAUUUUACUUGAACACUCUUUUGAGUGUGAUCAUUUUAAUCUUAAUCUAAUAAAAUGUGUGAUUUGUUUCUCAUCAGAACCAGGAAUAUUCCUGAACACAAGUGGACUGCAGAAGCUCUCAGACUUCAUACAGGUACGCCACAUGCUGUAUUUUUAGAAAAAAGUUUGACAUUUUCCAGUAGAGUGUUUGAAGGUUGUUAGCUUAGCAUAAAGGUCCUUACACACCGAGACAGACACAAAUAUACGACGCGAAAUUAUGAAAUAUUCUUAGGCAUAUUUUGACACGCCUGAAUAUACACACCAAGCCUGAUGCGAUUUUGCGACUUUCCGGGGGGAAAAAAACGCGUCCCGGGUGGAAGCAAGAAGACUGACACAACACCAGACUGACUGUUUUCAGUUCUGAUUAGCCACUGGUAUUGAGAUGUCUGUCUGUCAUGAUAGCAUGUACUGAGUCGGGGCCAGUACCAGAUAACCACAUUAAACUAUAAUCCAUAAACGUAAGGUAACAACCAAGACCUAAUGGUGCUGUGACAGCAACGCGAUUGAGUUUGAGACAGUGAAAAUACAUAUGGUAUGUUGUAUCUGAACAGGUUAGCUUACGAGCUAAAGUUACUUAGCACAGAUGAAAGUUAAAACAAAGAAGUUUAGCAAACUGUUAAAGCACACAAACUAUCCUUCAGGUCGUUAUCUUUGUCAUGUUUGUGUCUUUUAUCAAAAAGCACUCUGUUGUUCAGCCAGUCGGCCAUGUUGGAUAUACCGGUGAAUCAGACGUCACAACAACACGCAAUCUGAUUGGUCAGAAGUGGACACACAGUAUAUGAAACUUUAGAAAAACCGACCAUGAUCCUUGUAUUGACAGGAUACGGAUUCGAAAAAAAUAUUGACCUCCGAAAUAAUCGCACGAUAAAAACGGUUCUGGUGUGAAAGGACCUUAAAUCAGGGUUAAGCCAUGAAAUAAGCUGAAAUUCUUUUUGUUUAUAGUAUUUUUAAAAUGUUUCUUUCUUACUUUCUCCCUGUUGUAGCUGGUGUUUUGUGGUGAACCGUCAGAUCAGGACAGACAUAAGAAAAUGCAGUCCAACACGUCUCAUUUCAAGGUGGGUGUUCCCUCAGAAGCUGUACGAAAUCAAGUUUGUAUUUAAUGAAAUAAAUGGUAAAGUAAACCUUUCAUUUGUGCCUUUUCUUAGGUUCAUAUCCAUCGAGACAACAGCAACUCAAAGAAGAAGCAGAACACUGAUGUUUGGGCAUCUUCUUCUUCUUCAGCAAAAAAGCAAGGUGGCAGCAACUCUCACACGAACCUGAGGAUUGUGAUUUUUUUUUUCCCCCUCAGAUUUUGGUUCUAAUGGGCUCAAUAUGGUUCCCUCCUCUUUGUAGGAAAUAUUUUGAGCUACUGGUGCUUCUCUCCGGGCUUUAGCAUGCAGGAGCUCAAGGAUCAGGGAGUUCGCUGCAUCAUUCUUACCAGUGGGACCCUCUCUCCCCUGACCUCAUUCACCUCUGAGAUGAGGAUGUAAGUAAUCGGUCGCUCCUUUAAGCCAAAUUUUACCGCAGAGGUUCAUAGUUAAGUGUUCAGACUGGAGCCUCUGAGAUCGACACAUAGACUGUAUAUAGAAUGGACACUGUCUGCCUCUUUGUUGGGUGAAUCCACUCUGAGAACAGCACCCUCUGGUGAUGGGCUGCAGUAUAGGUCAUAAAUACCGCCUCCUCCAGCAAUCCCUAUGGAGCUGUGGACAAACUUUAAAAAUUAAUUACACAGAAUAUAAAUAUUUCUCCCCCCCUGCUUGUGGUGUUGACAUUUAGUUACUGUUAAACUGGCUUGUGCUCAAGUCCUCUUUUUAUCUGUUCAGCUCCAUUUUUAAAAGUUAUUAUGGGGUUCAUGUUUUCUAUGAUUGACACUUUUAUACAGCCUAUGGGUGUAUGAAGACUGCAUAGCUCACCCGGGGGAUACGCUGUUUCAGCCGAGCGUCAUCACAGCGACUCUCAGCGACUCUCCGGCCAAAUGCGUACAACACUACUGCACAAUGUCAGUUUCAGGAAAUGGAGAAAAAUCGCUGAAAUACAGAGAGCUUUUUAGCUUCAAAUCUGUAUACCAGCAGAAGGCCGAAUUAAGUUGUCCAUGGUAUAUACAGUCUAUGGAUACAAGCUUAACUGCAACAGCUAAGAGGGAGGAGAGAAAGGAGAGAUUGUACUGAAUUUAAUCUCUAACUUGAUUUUAUGCGAUCUGUAAACUUGUGUUCCAAAUGACUUGAUGAUGCAGUUUUGUGUAUUAGGAAUGUCAAAGGUUUAUAAACAGGUGGAUAGUUAACACAUAGACACCAGCUGAGCAAUGAGAGGGGCACAGAAGGAGGAAGGGAGAGAAAGAUCACAAAACAAGUAAUAAUUCCUAAAAGUACUAAAAGUACUCCAAGUUACCAAGUUACUUAGCUACUCCUUUGAUCAAACAACUAAGGCCACAACCCCCAGGAUAAAGCAUGUAGAGAACAAGAUUAGCAACAAGGUGGCCCAUCCACUUUGUCCACAGGGGGGCGCCAAAGUCGACACAGCCUGGAAGUUCCUUUGAAUUGAGCACUUUUGAGCAGCAGCGGUGUUGUUGAAGUCAAUCUAAUUUGUGUUUGUUUUUGCUGCAGAGAGUUCCCGGUGACUCUGGAGAACAGCCACGUGAUUGAACGCGAUCAGAUCUUUGUGAGCGUCGUUGAUCAAGGUCCAGACAAGACAGAGUUGAGUUCGGCGUUUGACAGGAGGUCAGUGUGUCCUUUUUACUGUUGAGGUUUAGCAGUUUUUAAAGGGGGGGUACCAUGUUUUUCUGCAUUUACAACAAAACUGCAAAAUUACAAAGUUUGAUGUCCAUACUACAAGUUUGCUAUGUUUCAAAUCACAAGGUAAACAUAUUUUGUAAUAAUCUUAGAAAGUAGAUGAAACCUGCUCAAUUCUUGGACAAAUGCAAUAUUGUAGUUUAUGUGGGAGAUUUACUCAAAUUCAGAUGUAAGAAUUACAGACUCUUCUUACUGGUGAUGAGCCUCCAGCAAAGUGUUACAGGAUGACUCCCAACAGCGUGUCCACCCACAGCAGAGCAGGGUAACCAUAGACAUAAUAUACUCACAUAUAUGAUGUCUAUUGGGGUAAUGCUGCUCCACUGCUUUACUGAUCUACCACAAUAGAGGUGGCAGGGUCAAAACAUGGAGCUCUACCCUUAGCCGGCUUCCAGAAAGCCGCCAGAGAGGUGACCAAUCAGAAGGGAAUGGGCAUGUGAAGGGGGGACCUUAAAGAGACAGCAGCUGAAACAAAGGGUCUCGGACAGAGACUGAAAUAAUGAUAUUUUGAUACACCACUGUGAGAAAUUUGAGGCUUUUUAUGAUCUUAAAAUCACGUAAAGCUAUUGAAGAGGUGUCAGAAAGAAAAUAUAGUUAACUUAUGAGACUUUGUAUUCUAAAUCUGCCCUCUUAUGGUGUUUGAUAUGAUUUAUGCUAGGGCUGGGCAAUAUGGGAAAAAAGUUUUUCACAAUAAAAUUUUUUCAUAUCAGUUGAUAUCGAGAUAUAUCGCAAUAUAAAAAAUAAAAUUUAACAGUGCUUAUUGAUAGCAUAUCUUAUGCAAUACAAUAAGCUACUGCAUCGGAGAGGUCUUACGUUUUGUCGUAAUGUGUUGCGCUAGAGAAAGCGGACUGAAUGGUUGGCUGUUUCGGCUGCACAGGCGCCAUGGGCUCCUUGCUCCGCUCAGGGUUUGUAACCUUUUGCAUUGCGCAUGCUCUGCCAUGUGGCACUGCUUCAGGUGGUGAAAAAGAUUUGAGGUAUUCCCUGACUUUGCUAGAACAUGUACUCGACAUAAUUCGCCAUGCACAUUACUCUGCUUCAUGUCCGACCACAAAAAAACAAAAUACCUCCACACCAGCGACAUUUUCGUGUCAGUGUUGUCGACAAUGUCGUCAUCUGUUUAGUCUUCAUCUGCAUUUCUGCCGGGGGUAGCACUCAUUUUCUAUUUUUUCUCACCGACAGUGCUGUCAGCUUCACGUUUUAAAGUGCUAUUAUUACUCAGUUGUUUGCUACUUGGUUCUAAUUCAGCACAUGAUUGGGUUAACACGAAGCGGACCGGGAGCAACUCCUCUUUUCAUUUGCUAUUCAUGUAGUCUACCAAAACAUGGCAGAAUGCCGACUAUUGAAAAGCAUAUUGACCAUGUUUCAUAUCAAUAUCAAGGGAAAUCAAUUUUCGAUAUGUAUCAUUAUUGUUUUAUUGCCCAGCCCUAAUUUAUGCUAUUUGAUUUUCAAAGCUGGAAAACUUUUCUUGGCUUAUUCCCUUAAAUAUUCUCUUCAUAAUUUAGAGGUGUUUUACCCUGUUUUUUGUAAACCGAUUCAAAUGAUUGUCACUACUUCUCUGACAGGUUUAAUCCUGAAAACAUGUCAUCACUGGGAAACACUGUUGGUAAGAUCAAACUGUAUAAAAAAAAUAUAUAUAUUCUUCCAUUUAUUUCUUUAUUUAUUUUUCAUUUAUUUUUCAUAUUAAUCUUUGUCCUGAUAAUCCCAUGAAUGUGUUUCUUGUCUCACUCUCUCCUCAGUUAACCUGAGCCGUGUGGUUCCUCACGGUCUCUUGGUGUUUUUUCCCUCCUUCCCUUUGAUGGAAAAGACUCUGGACUUCUGGAGGGUGAGUGUUGAUUUAGCAGAAAAACGUUUGAAUUUCUUCUGAUGGCAUCAUGAUGGUCAAUGCAGAUGAUGUCAAAACACCAUAUAUCUGGGAUUGAGUCCUCUAUCUCGCCUCAUUUUAGCCAAUACUGGUACUGAUAUAAACACUUUUUUUUAUCAGUGUGAAGAACACAAAGGCUCUCUUGUACUUGAAUUCUGAAAGUCUGAUUUGUUCUUGAAUGCAUCAUGAAUCAAAAAUACAUAUUUUUCAAACACUGAACAUUCAGAAAUAUAGUCGCUGCUGUAUUUCUAAGCUCUGGAAGGAAAGCAUGCUGGCAGGUCUUGCUGUUGCUAAUGCUUUAUUUCAGUCUCGCUUUACCAAAACUUAAAGUGCUGUUCAGGAUGUUCUUCUUGAACUCUAGCGUUUUUCCCUGUCUGUUUGUGACACUUCAAAAUACUUGCAUGUUGAAUCUGGUGCAUAUCAGCUGUCAUCACAUGCCCAUAAUUAAGGCAUCAUAUUAUCAGCUGUAUAUCAGCAGAAAUUUGCAAAGCCUCAGAUACUAAAAAUUCACUUAUUCACUAAGCUUCACUUAUUUUAUGCCAAUAGCACACAUGUCUGCUUUUAGUGCUUUUUCCUGUGGUUUCUACUCAGCAGAAACUGUUCAAACUAAUGGCAGAGUGUGUUGGUUUCUUUACAAGGACUUCUUCAUUAAAAAGAAGGCAUGUAAGAUGGUAACAUUGUGUCUCUGCAGGCUCACGGACAUGCAAACCGCAUAGAGAGUUUGAAGCCCAUGUUUGUUGAACCGAAAGGAAAGGGCACCUUUAAUGAGGUGGGUGUUUUACAAAUCUUUGAAUUUAUGGCUGUAAAAUCUUCACAAAGACAUCCCCUUGUACUUUUUCAAGGUCUCAUUAGAGUUUCAGCUCAGUGUAAUGAUCUCUCCUUUAUUUCUAUGCUUAGGUUAUUGACGGAUAUUACAACCAGGUCAACCAUCCAGUGACCAAAGGAGGAUCUUUCUUUGCUGUGUGUCGAGGAAAGGUGAGUUAUUUGGCUUCACCUGAGUCUGGAAAGUCUUAAAAGGUGAAUUAUUUACAGGCAACAACUCAGCCUGCUGAACGAUAAACCUUCAGAGAUGACUGUAUUUUCUGGACAAUAAGUCGCACUUUUAUCAUAGUUUGGUUGGGUUUGCGACUUAUGCUGAGGUGCGACUUAUGUAGGGAUUCUUCUUCUUCUACAUUAUCCAUUUUUUGGCUGGUAUGACUUAUACUCUGGAGCGACUUAUAGUCUAGAAAAUACAGUAAAUAUCACAAAGAAAGACAAGAAAGCAUCACUCAUGAGAAGAGGUCAUACGGGACUAAACUGUAUUCAAUGCAAAAAGCAGGCACCAAAUAGGAAAAUGCACACAUCUAUCUAACUGUCUCCUCUUUUUUCAGGCAAGUGAGGGUCUGGAUUUUGCUAACACCUAUGGUCGGGGCGUCAUCAUCACAGGCCUCCCUUUCCCCCCUAAGAUGGACCCUCGGGUCAUCCUGAAGAUGCAGUUUCUGGAUGAGAUGUGCCGGCAGAAAGUCCAGGGGAUGAAGGUGAGGAGAGGCUGCUCCCACAGAGUGUCUGAAAAUGCUGGAUCGGUGAAACGGCUGAAACGGUUAUAUUUUGUGUGUGUUUGUUUAGUACCUCUCUGGGCAGGAGUGGUAUAGGCAGCAGGCUUUCAGAGCCGUGAAUCAGGCCAUCGGUCGAGUCAUUCGCCACAAAGAGGACUACGGAGCCAUCUUCCUGUGUGAUGUGAGGUCAGAAUAGAUCCAUCGUUCAUUUCCUGCAGCGUUUGUUGAGCAAAUUUUGUGUGUCCACAUCUGAUUGUUAUUUUCCUUUUUUUUGUCAUGUUAGAUCCAGGUUAUCCCAAAAGUCACUCUGCAUGUACUUCCAAAUCAUGGCACAAGAAUAAUCAUCCUUUUCUCACAGGUUUAAAGCCUCCUCUGCCCGGGAGCAGCUCCCAUCAUGGGUCAGGCCUUAUGUUCGUCGUAACGACAACUUUGGGAACAUGGUCCGUGACGUUUCUCAGUUUUUCAGGGUCGCACAGAAACUGGUAGGUUUGAAGUUUUAACGGGUUUGUCAAAAUGCUGCGAUUUACUGUAUGCACUUAUUUUGUGGAUGGACACUUGGCCUGAAAUCUGUAACAAUGACAGGGAUUUUGCACGUUCUUUAAAGUGUUAUCUCUGCACCAUAAAAGUCUAAAUUCAGCCCAGAGUCUGGACAUUUUGUUUGUUAGCACUGCAUUUUGUCGAAACUGUCAGCUUGCACUAAAAGUUUGUGUUUGUAACGUUUCAGAGGCCCUUUGUGGAGAAGAAGGCUCCAGAAGAGAGCUGUGGGACCUCGUCAAAGGCUGACUCUCAGUCCUCUAGUUUCUCAUCCUUCUCAGCCCCUCAGAGCUCUAACGCACAGAGAGCCAAUGUGCUGGACACCCACCUGCCCAGCCUGAAGAGGAGGAGACUCAGUAAGUGGAAAACAUAGAAAGUUCAUUUAAAAAAACGGUAAUUUUCUGUAGAUACCACAGGGGAAAGUGCCUCAUUAUUUGUUUUUGUGAUCAGAUGAACAGGCUGGAGGGUCAGGAAUGGCGAGGAUCUGUAUUGAAUACGAGAACGAGGUGCAGGAGAGUCACAGGAGGCCGGUGAACCUACUUGAUGCUUUAGAGCAAGGAGACCAUCACAACAGCGAUCAUGCUGCAGAAGGAAAGGUAGCUUGUUCUUUGAAAAGCACUUCUCCUCAAAGCUCAAACUAGCUCCUUUGUUGACAUGUCCUGGUUUGUCAAAAUAGGCUUCUUGAAAAAGCACGUCUAGAGUACACAGUAGCCCUCUUUACUGCUAUGAAUGUCUGUUUUUGAUGUGUGUUCACAAAGGUUCACGCUGUAAAGUGGGUCAGAAAAACUAUCACCUAUUUGACAACAAUGGAAAAGUGAUUUUCUUGAUGGUGGGACUUGAAUAUUUGUCCAAUCAUGCUUUUCCUUUUGAAGGGGAGCUGUUUGUCCUCGCUGUCUCUACAUCACAACAAAAGGAUGGAGGACGAACUGCGCGGAGGCAAACGGAAAAUCAAAUUGGUCCAGAAGCCGGUACGUGUAUUUCUGUGUUUCAGGUUUUCACAGCCUUCACCUUUCCACCAAAAGACUCAUCCCAACUUCUCAUCACAUGCUGCAGUCUGUGUUUCAGUCUAUUUAUGCCCCAUAUCUAAAAAAAAUUGUGUCGUUUUAGCUCAAAUUAGUGCAAAUGAUGGAGUUAACUCAGCACCUCUCCUCUGUCUCAUUGUUACAGGAAUGUGUUGCUUGUAUUUGAAGUAACAAAUUAGAUGAGCAGCGAGGAAAAAAUCGUGGAUUUUGAAUUAGCAGCGGUCCUUAUAAAACAUUUGGUCUUGUUGUCUUAUUAACAAAAACUAAACACAUAAUUAUCAAAGUUAUUAGGAUGUUUCGAGGGAAAAAAAAGAUUUCACAUCUGUGUUGUUUGUGAUGAAUAUUAGUUUAAAGUUUUGGCUGGUCAAACAAGUUUUCAAGUUUCCAUCACAUGCAGUAAAAAGUAAGAUAGUCAAGUUCAGUUGGUUUUAGAUAUAAUAAUCGACAGGAGAAGAUUUAACUUUGGUUUCUAUUUUAAUGAAGUUUUUGGUAAUAAAGGGACUACAGUGUCCAGAUUUAAGGUGGCUGCUUAAAUCAUUCAUGAAACAGCGAGAUAAUUUGUAGAGCCACAUGUACCUUUGGGUUGAUUUUAAUCUCUAAACGUGACUUUUUUUCCCUUCAUCCUUGUAGAGUCAUCCCAGCAAAUUAGUGGAUGUACCUGAGGAGAGUAAAGCCACCAGGGCAAAGACCUUCGUAGAAGAGAUGAGGAAGUGUCUGAGCCAAAAGUCCUACAGCCACAUUGUCAAGGCUCUGCAGAUGUACAAAAAGACAGACGACGUGGACAUCCUGCUGGCCGGGACCACCGUUUUAAUCGAGGACCCCAACACUCAUUGUCUGGUCCAAGGUGAGUUUGCUGAUGCAUAUUUCUGUACACAGUAACACUGAAGAAAAAAAUUAGGCAAACACACAGGGUCAAACGUGGCAAAAGUCGUACAAAUUUUCAACUAAGUGGGACUCAGAAAUGUUGAGAUGAAGACUUGAACCAAAGAGAAUGCUGAGGUUUUAGAUGGCCAGGAGUUAAAAAUUUGUUGCUGUCGUGUCAAAAUGAAUGUCAGUGAAGUUUCAUAUUCGUGUGACAUGACAACUCUAUCAUGAAGACGGCGACUCUCUGGAUGGGCAGAUAUUGAAGGAUCAAUCAAAGCAAAUGAGCACAAAUCACAGCACUCCAGUAAUCAGAAAUAUAGAAAUAUCAUCUUCACCUCUGUAUAAACACACGCUGAAGUUGCACAAAUCAACAUCAGUAUUAGUUUGAGUAUUGUUCUAGUUUUUACUUAAGCAUCCAGAAAGUGUGUGUGUUUGUCUUUCCAUGGUGUCACUUUUUGACAUGUAUGUGCUGCCUCCUUGUCACAGGUCUCUACCAGUUUGUCCGUCCGCACCAUAAGAAGAAGUUCGAUGAGAAAUGCGUGGAGCUGACGGGACAGGGGUGCAAAUACAAACCUGAACACUCACUGACAAAGGAAGAGAAGAAUGCGCUGCUGCAGAGCGGUACAAGGAAACACUCAUCAUAACUCAACACGGAGAAACAGAAACGCCUGUGAUUAUCUGUAGGUUUUAAAACACAGCAGGGAAAAAGACAACUUCUCAAACUGGCAUGUUAUUUUUUUUUUUUUUAAGCUGUAGACAAAGAGCCGACUGGGGCUCUGCCAUCCUGUACUGGGACGUCUACCUCCACUCAGCUGAACACAGAACAGCUCAACCAAGGACGACAGCACCUGAGCCAGGAGGGAUUAAAAAAGACCCAGAAAGGUUUGACAAACCAAUAUCUAACUUUCAAGUCACUCUAAAGUAUUUCAUUGUUUGACUAAAGUUUAAAGAAAGUCUUCAGGUGAAGAUCAACUCUUGCGUUGUAGUUCUCAUUUGGUCUUUAGGAUCAAAAAGUAGCAGUUAUCUUUGGUAUAUCCCGAACCCAAGAUAUACUCAAUUGAAAUUUUACUGCAUCUGUCACUCUGCUGAGUCAUUUAGCAUGACAUAAACUUCCUUUGUGUUCUGCAGCUUCAGCGACAGAGACUGAAUUAAACUCCAGGUUUCUGGACAAUUUGAAAGACACUCUUGGAACAGAAAAGUGGUCUCAGCUCUUUCUGGCGCUCCAAGACUACCGGGAAACCGACAGAUAUGAAAACCUGGUGGGCACAGUAGUCAGCUUACUCACAGAGAGAGACCAGGACUUCAACAAGCUGACCAGUGAGUUCAAAACUCUGGAUGUUGAAUGUUUUUAAACUUGAAUAUGUGGCCAAUGUCUUGACUGACUAGUACAUUUUCCUUUUUUUUAGAAUUUAGUAAGUUUAUCCACCCACAACAUAAAAAGCAGUACAAGAAGAUGUUGGAAGAUCUGACUGGUCGGUCUUUUUCGGCUGAUGAAGUUCCUGCUGCUGCAAGGGAAGAACUGCAAGAAACGGGUAAACGUAACCUCAAUAUUACAUUAGUUAUUUGUUUGUAUUUUUAUAUUUUUCUUCACUGUCUUGUAUCAUGUUUCCAAGAAGAUAUCAGUGGUUAAAGAAGUAGGUUACCAAAAGAUAGACAAGGACAUGUGUCAGCUAAUUUUUUCAUGCAUGUACAUAGAUACAUAAAUCACUGAGAUGUUGCAGGAUCAGUAUGAAAGAAUAACGGUAUGAUAAAGGCGGAGCUUCGUUAAGGCACUGUUUGGGACUCGCAGUAUGAAAGGUGCUGUUGUGUUUUAGUGCUCUUAAUUUACACAUUCAUGGGAAUUGUGAGAAAAACAAUUUUACAACCUCUAUGCACAUCUUGGCUAGAAUUUUUUUCAUCAUGAACAGACUUAGUUUUUGGUGCAUGUAAAAAAAGUGCAGUUCAGCAAACAGAAUUUUUAUUAUCAAAUGACAUUGAGGGGAGAUAAUGGAUUCACUUUAGACUUGAUUUGAGGACAGGCUUAUCUACAUCUGAUGUUCCUGUUUGUGUUUGGGUUGUCAUGAUGAUAAAAAAGACAUUUAAUGUUAAUUUAUAUAAGUAUUUAAUUUCACAAGAUUUGUGACACCCUCCAACUCCUUUUUUGUUUUUGCAGCUGUGUUGUCAUCUCCUUUGAGGACACAGAGCACGAUUACCAGCUUCUUUUCCGGAGGCCAAAGAAAGUUUUAAAAUCAAGUAUUUAUUCCAGACUCUGUUUGGGGCUGAAACCUUGCUCGGUCAGGAUCUGCUGUAGACUGGAGAUAAGCUUUUAUGAUUGAACGAAACGAUGAAAUAAAAAUAAACCUAUAUUUUUCUUAAGUUUA